AUGAAGGUUAUGAUAAUACUUCUCGUUUGCGCACUAUUUUUGCAGUCAGCACGUGCAGUUGAGGAUUUGAAUCGUGUGGACCGAAUACAAAUUCGAGCUAAACGUUACGGCUGUUGUGGUUGCUGUGGUUGCUGUGGUGGUUGGGGCGGUGGUUGGGGUGGUGGUGGUUGGGGUGGUGGUUGGCGUCCCGGUUGGGGUGGUGGUUGGGGUGGCGGUGGGCGUCCUGGUUGGGGUGGUGGUUGGCGCCGACCAUGGGGCCGUUGA